AUGGACCCCCGUUCUCGUGCCUGCUACAACUGCGGUGACGCCUCCCACCAGGCCAAGGACUGCCCCAAGAAGGGAACCCCCACUUGCUACAACUGCGGUGGUGAGGGCCACGUCAACCGCGAGUGCCCCGAGCCUCCCAAGGAGCGCACCUGCUACCGCUGUGGCCAGACCGGUCACCUGUCUCGCGAGUGCCCCCAGGGCGGCGGUGCCAGCUACGGUGGCGGUGCUUCCGGUGGUGGCCAGGAGUGCUACAAGUGCGGCCAGGUCGGCCACAUUGCCCGCAACUGCUCCCAGGGUGGUGGUAACUACGCUGGUGGUGGUGGUGGUGGCUACUCCUCCUAUGGCUCUGGCCGUCCCCAGACCUGCUACUCCUGCGGUGGAUUCGGCCACAUGGCCCGUGACUGCACCCAGGGCCAGAAGUGCUACAACUGUGGUGAGGUCGGCCACGUCUCUCGCGACUGCUCCACCGAGGCCCGUGGUGAGCGUGUUUGCUACAAGUGCAAGCAGCCCGGCCACGUCCAGGCCGCCUGCCCCAACUAA